AUGAGUUCGAAUGCUACUACGACGACGAAUUCGAAGUCGAAUACGAAGAUAAAUAAGAAGACGUGUGUCUCAUCACCGUUAGAAGGAUCUCUGGGCAUCAUGAGCAACCCGUGUGCGAGACGCGCUUUCAUCGGCGCUAAUCGACAAUUACAAGAGGAUGUUGUGGCCUGGUACACGGACAACAAUCAAAAAUUGUUAGCAGCUAUGGGUACGCAGUGGCAUUUUAUUACCCCAAACGCGCCGCAUCACGGCGGGCUCUGGGAGGCCGCCGUUAAAUCCGCCAAACACCAUCUAGUUCGCUGUGUUAGUGCUCAGACGAUGUUGUACAGCCAAAUGCAGACUUUGGCGACAUUAGUUGAAGCGUGUCUAAAUUCGCGUCCACUUCAUGACGAUCCUGAGGACAAGCUCGCCCUUACACCUGGCGAUUUCCUAGUUGGCUCCCUGCUUUUAGCCGUACCAGGACCUGAUAUCAGCCAAGCUCCUGCAAUCGCCUGA